GCUCCGCCCCCUACUGCUUUGCGCCUGCGCAGAGCUUGGGGAGUCGGCGCCAUGACCCCUUCAAGGCUUCCCGGGUUCCUUUGCCGGGUCUCGGUCACCGCGUGGAGAACCGCAAGAUCACCCCUUUUGUGUCAUUCUCUGGGGAAAACAAGUUCUUCUCAAGGAGGAAAGUCUGAACUUGUCAAACACUCCCUUAAGAAGCCAAAGUUACCAGAAGGUCGUUUUGAUGUACCAGAGGGUUCCCACUUAGAGAAAGAACCACUGGAAAAAUUUCCAGAUGAUGUUAAUCCAGUGACCAAAGAAAAAGGUGGACCCAGGGGCCCAGAACCUACCCGAUACGGAGAUUGGGAACGGAAAGGACGCUGUAUUGAUUUUUAAGUCACGUAUUCUUUAACCUCAGUAUUGUUUUCUGAAUGUGUACAUCUGAAUUAACUUAUUUCUGAUUAUUUUCUUUCUUUAUGUCCUUCAUGUCAUGUAGUUUCCAUAAUGUGUUUAAAUAUAUAUACGAUAGCUUUGGAAGAAAAUAUGCUGCUAUAAAUUAGGAAAGGGAAAAUAUUUUUUCAUUUACAUAUGUUAAUUUAAUUAAGUGUAGAAUUUUUUUUUUUUUGAGACAUUGUCUCACUGUGUUGCCCAGGCUGGAGUGGAAUGGCACUAUCCCAGCUGCAGCAACCACCCCACCAGGUUCAAGCAAUUUUCCUGCCUCAGCCUCCUGAGUACUGGAAUUACAGGAACCCACACCACACCUGGCUAAUUUUUGUAUUUUAAGUAGUGAUGGGGUUUUGCCAUGUCAGCCAGGCUGAUCUCAAACUCCUGACCGACCUCAGGUGAUCCACCUGCCUUGGCUUCCCGAAGUGCUAAGAAUACAGGAAUGAGUCACCACGCCCAUCCUAUAAAUGAUUUUUAGAGCUGUAGGCCUUUACUUCAUCAUUUUUCAGUUUAAAUUAGUUGCUUACAAAAUACACAAAUAAAAUAAUUUAAAAAAAAUGAUUGUGUUGCUGUGCACUAGGUGAUAGUGGCUUUUAACAUGAGAGUUAAAUAAUGUGUUAUAGUUUGAGAUCACAAAAAUAACAGAAAAUCUUUAACUUGGUUGGAUCCAGUUAAUUACUUACUCAGUUACUUGAGCUCAAAUUCUGACUCUACCUCUUACUACCUAUGUGACCUUGGAUAACUUAUUUAACUUCUCUGUGCUUCAAUACCUUAUGUAUAAGUUGGAAAUAAUAAUACUUCUGAUGCUGGUAGGCUGGAUGAGGUCCCCAAACACUGGUGGGACCUCAUCUCCAGCCGAUAUCCAGGCUCUUGACACCAUGAUGAGAAGGAAUUCAAGGACAAGUCAGAAAAUAAUGAAAGCAAAGUGAAAAAGUACACACUCUGCUGGGUGCGGUGACUCACAUCUGUAAUACCAGCACUUUGGGAGGCCAAGGUGUGUGGAUCACUUGAGGCCAGGAGUUUGAGACCAGCCUGGCCAACAUGGCAAAACCCCGUCUUUACUAAAAAUACAAAAAUUAGCUGGGGUGGUGGUGCAGGCCUUUAAUCCCAGCUAUUUGGGAGGCUGAGGCAUGAGAUUCACUUGAACCCAGGAGGUGGAGAUUGUAGUGAGCCAAGAUUGUGACACUGCACUCCAGCUUGGGCAACAGAGUGAGACCCUGUCUCAAAAAAAAAAAAAAAACAAAAAAAAAACAAAAAAACUACACAUUCAAGAAAGAGAAGUGUGGGCAUCCUCAAGAGUCACUCUGGAGUUUAGGGCUUCUACCUUUAUGUGUUUCUAUAACCAGGAGGUGGAAUAUUCAUGAGGAUUCCUGGAAAAAGGUGAAGAUUUAUUGGAAUUGUGGUGCCAAUGAUUUUUACACCAAAUACCAGUGUUCCCAGAAUAGUCAUGGCACUGGUCUUUGUGUGCUUUAGGAUGUUAAUGAGCAUAUAAUGAGGUACUAAGUGAAACCCAGGUCGAAUCCAGUGUUGUGCUGGGUCUAAUAGGUCUUAGCCAACUUGGCUCACAUCCUGGUUUUUCAGGAUCUCAUCAGCCCCUAGUUUAUGCAGCUAUUUCAACAGUUUCCUUUUUGCUAAUCAUGUAAAACUGCUGCCUGGAAUUUUCUGUUCUCCUGCGACCACCCCAUAUUAUUCCUGUCUCACUUUUACUUCACAGAGAAGUUGAGAAGAUUAAAUGAAUAAUAACAUGUAUUAGUCAGGAUUCUUCAAUAGGAGAGAGAGAGAUUAUGUGGAAUUGACUCAUGCAGUUCUGGAGGCUGAGAAGUCCCAUGAUAAUGCCAUCUGCAAGCUGAAGACCUGAAGACCAACAAAAGCCAGUGGUGUGAUUCAGUCUGAGUCCAAAGGCCUGAGAACCAGGGGAGUUGUGAUGUAAAGCCAGUCUGAGGGCAAAGAAGAUGAGAUGAGAUGUCCCAGCUCAAGCAGUGAGGCAAGAAAAAAGGAGUGAAUUCCUCCUUCGUCUGCCUCUUGUCCUAUUCAUGCCUUCAAUGUAUCAGAUAAUGCGCAGCUACAUUGGGAAGGACAGUCUACUGAGGCACCAGUUCCAAUGCUAAUCUCUUUCAGAAACAGCCUUACAGACACAUCCAGAAACAAUUUUUAAACUGGUACAACACAACGUGUUAGCCACUUGGAGCAGUGUGUGGUAUAGUACAUACUUCUCAAUAAGUGUUAACUGUCCUCAAAUUAUGAAUGUAUUUUUCCAAGUCUUUAGGCAUUGUGGGAGGAAAGAUUUUUAAAAAUGAAAUUGCUUUAUACAACCAUUUGAAAUGUCAUUAGUUGAAAAUGGUGUUUAUUUACAUGAGUGAACUGAAGUAUAUAUAUUUUAGUUUGUGGAACAUAAAAUUCACAUAGGCACUAUGGUUUGCAAGUUUGUUCCCUCCAAAACUUAUGUUGAAACUUAAUUCCCAAUGUGGCAGUAUUGAGAGGUGAGACCUUUAAGAGGUGAUUGGCCUUUAAGAGGGCAGAGCCCUCAUGAAGAUUAAUUCAUUUAUGGGUUAAUGGACAAAUAGGUUAUGAUAGAAGUGGAGCUGGUGCUUUAUGAGAAAAGGAAGAGAGACCUAAGUUAGCAUGUUAGCAUCUGAGCACACUCAGUCCACUUGCCCUGUGAUGGCCUGUGCUGCCUGAGGACUCUGCAGAGAGCUUUCACCAGCUUCAAGGCCUUGGCCAGUUGUGCCCCUUGACCUUGGACUUUCUGGCCUCAAAACCAUAAGAAAUAAACUUCUUUUCUUUCAGAAUUACCCAGCAUCAGGUAUUCAGUCAUAGCAAAAGAAAAUGGGCCAAGAAAACUGGCCCUGGAAGUGAGGUGUUGGUAUAAAGUUACCUGAAAAUGUGGAAGCUGCAUUGGAACAGGAUAAUGGGCAAAAUUGGAAGAGACUGAAGGAGCAGGAUAGAAAAAGCCUAGAUGCUGAAGAGGGAUUAGAAGACAAGAAGACUAGGGAAAGUUUAGAACUUCCUAGAGAUUAUAUAAGUGGUUGUGACCAGAAUGUUGAUAGAAAUAUGGACAGUUGGCGAGGCGCGGUGGCUCACGCCUAUAAUCCCAGCACUUUGGGAGGCCGAGGCGGGUGGAUCACGAGGUCAAGAGAUCAAGACCAUCCUGGUCAACAAGGUAAAACCCCGUCUCUACUAAAAAUACAAACAUUAGCUGGGCAUGGUGCGCGCCUGUAGUCCCAGCUACUCGGGAGGCUGAGGCAGGAGAAUUGCUUGAACCCAGAAGGCGGAGGUUGUGGUGAGCCGAGAUCGCGCAAUUGCACUCCAGUCUGGGUAACAACAGCGAAACUCCGUCUCAAAAAAAAAAAAAAAAAAAAGGACAGUAAAGGCCAUUCUGACGAGGUUUCAGAUGGAACUGAAGACUAGGGUAUUGGAAAUAGGAGUAAAAGCCUUUCUUAGAAACCGGCAAGGAAUUUGGCUGGAUUGUGUCCAUGCCCAAGGCUGGAUGUUUUAUACCAACACUCUACUCCCAGCCAAUUCCAAGGAAUGCUGAACUUAAGAACAAUGAAUUCGAAUAUUUGAUGGAAGAAAUAUCUAAGCAAUAAAGAAUUCAGGCUAUUGCAUGGCUACUUUCAACCACUUACAUUAAGCUGUAAGAAGGAAUAUGUGACUUAAAGACAGAAUUUAUAAUCUAAAGGGAAGCAAAGCUGAAAGAUUCGGGAAACUCUAAGCCUAGACGUGUGGUAGAGAAUGAAAGAGCAUUUUCAGCAGAGAAAAGCAAGGGUAUGACCAAGCCACUUUUUGCUAAGGAGAUUAUUAAUAUGGCUAGAAAGGAGCCAGAUAUUAUUCAUCAGGACAAUGGGAGAAAGAUCCCAAAGGCAUUUCAGAAAUCUUUGAAGCUGCCCCUCCCAUCACAGGCCCAGAGGCCUAAAAUGGCAAAAUGGUUUAAAGGAACAGGCCUAGGGCACUCUCUAAGGGCUUGCUGCCUUGGGCCUCUGCUCCUGGCAUUCUGGCUGCUCAGGCAGCUCUAGCUCAAGCGGCCCCCAGCAUGGCUCGACCUGCCACUCCAAAAGGUCCAAGCUGUAAAUCUUGGCAGCACUAUCCAGUGAUGCAAGUGGUUUCAGAUGCUGCUUGCUGGUGUCCCCAUCCCACAGGGCACAAGCAGUAAGCCCUGGUGGCUUCCACAUGGUGCUAAUUCUGCAGGCACACAGCAAGAGCAGUGAGGCAUAGCAGCUUCCACCUAGAUUUCAAAGGAUGUUUCAUACAGCCAGUGGGCCCAUACAGAGAUUUAUUGCAGAGGCAGAGCCACUGCAGAAAGCCCCUCUACUAGGGCAAUGCUGAGUGGAAAUGUGAGACCAGAGCUGCUACAGAAAGUUUCUACCAGGGCAGUGUACUCUGAGCCACAGGGACAGGACCACCCUGAGACCCCAGAACUGUAGAGAUACCAGCAUGCAACAUCAGCCUGGAAAAGCUGCAGGCACCUGACUCCAACCUGUGAGAGUAGCCACAUGGACUACAACAAGCAAAGCCAUAGGCAUGAGAUUGGCCAGUGUUUUGGAGGCCCACUCCCUACCUCAGUGUUCACAGGAUGCCUGAAUGGAGUCACAAGAGAUUAUUCUCCACCUUCAGGGUUCCCCUCCCCCACCACCGGGAUGGAGUCUCACUCUUUUUUCUGUCACCCGGGCUAGAAUACAAUGGCAUGGUCUCUGCUCACUGCAACCUCUACCUCCCAGGUUCAAGCAGUUCUGCCUUAGCCUCCUGAGUAGCUGGAAUUACAGGCACUCACCACCAUGCCCGGCUAAUUUUUUUGUAUUUUUUAUAGAAACAGGAUUUCACCAUGUUGGCCAGACUGAUCUUGAAUUUCUGACCUCAAGGGAGCCUCCCACAUCAGCCUCCCAAAGUGCAGGGAUUAUAGGCGCGAGCUGCCCUGCCCAGCUGAGCUUCAAGUUUUAAUGUCUGCCCUGCUAGGUUUCUGACUUGUUAGGGGCCUAUUACUUCAUUUUUUUUUCCUAUUUUUCCCUUCCCUUUUGGAAUAGAAAUGUAUAUCCUAUGCCCUUGUAUCUUAGAAGUAGAUAAAUUGUUUUCACAGGCUCACAGGUAAGACUUUGGGCUUUUGAGUUGUUGCUGGAAUGAGUUUAGACUUUGGGGCUAUGAGGAUAGAAUGAAUGUAUUUGUAUGUGAUAAGAGCGUUAGUUUUGGGAGGACAGUGCCAGUGCCAGAAUGCUAUGAUUGUCUCCUCCAAAACUCAUGUUAAACUUAAGCCCCAUUGUAAUACUGUUAGUGAGAUGGGAAAUCCAGCUAUGCUACUUGAUAGGUAGGACCUCUGGAGGUAAUUAGGAUGUAAUGAGGUCAUAAGGAUGAGGCAUUAGUGGCUUUAUAAGAGAAAGACCUGAGCUAGCACAUUUGGCCACCUCACCAUAUCAUACUCUGUGAUGCCUCACGACUUUAUUAUAGAGAAUCUAGUCUCCACCAGCAAGACCCCUUGAACUUGGCCCACAUGUCGCCCUUGAACUUGGACUUACCAGCCUUCAGAACUGUAAGAAAUAAAUAUCAUUUUUUAGCCGGGCGCAGUGGCUCACACCUAUAAUCCCAGCACUUUGGGAGGCCAAGGCGGGUGUAUCACCUGAGGCCAGGAGUUCGAGACUGGUCUGAACAACAUGGUAAAACCCCAUCUCUACUAAAAAUACAAAAUUAGCUGGGUGUGGUGGUGCAUGCCUGUAAUCCCAGCUACUUCGGAGGCUGAGGCAGGAUCACAUCAUUGCACUCCAGCCUGGGCAAGAAGAGUGAAACUGUCUCAGAAAAAAGAAAAGAGAAAGAGAAAGAAAGGGAGGAAGCAAUAAAGCAAGCAAGCAAGCAAGAUCAUUUUUAAAUAAAUUACCCAGUUUCAGCUAUUCUGUUAUAAGCAACAGAAAACAGACUAAGACAGUAGGUGUAGAGGGCAAAUAUAAAAAGGCAGGGGAUAAAAUGGACUAUCUCAGUCAGUUUGGAUGACUCAAACCUCCUGCUCUGUGGCCUUUUGAUAACUGGGUCAGGAAAAGUCAAGUCCAGUUUACAGAUCUGGAAUAAUGGAAGGACAGGAACUUCAGGGCUCCCCUAAGGUAUCCAUUGCUGCAUGUCAUCUGGCCUCACUCACUCUCAGAGGUUGGGCCUUCAGCUCCCAGGCUACACUUGAAUUAGAAAGGUUUUGCAAAGCCUAUAGAAGACAGAAUGCAGUAGGCUGAUAACUGUGCGAUAUGAUUUACAAGUGCAAUAUUUGAGAAGAUUGUACAGAGACUCAUUUAAGAGAAUACAAAUUAUUAUCUCAAACAAAUUAACUAGUGUGUAAUUAGGACUAGUCAUUUGGUCUUUAUAUCAGUUUUCUCUCUCAGUCAACAUUCAUUCUUCUAGUUGCAGUUACUAUGUAUGCUGCAACGUAAUAACUACAUUUCUUUAGAAAUAGUCCAUAAUUUGUCAGCCUCCAACUGCCCAAGUUAAUAAAGGUUUUUAUUAGUUAACAUUAGAAAAAUAGUAUGUUAGGCUGGGCAUGGUGGCUCACUCCUGUAAUCCCAGCACUUUGGGAGGCCAAGGCAGGUGGAUCACCUGAGGUCAGAAGUUCGAGACCAGCCUGGACAACAUGGUGAAACUCCAUCUCUACUAAAAAAUACAAAAAUUAUCUGGGCAUGGUGGCGCAUGCCUAUAAUUCCAGCUACUUGGGAGGCUGAGGCAGGAGAAUCAUUUCAACCCAGGAGAUGGAGCUUGUAGUGAGCAAAGGUUGCGCCACUGCACUCCAGCCUGGGCAACAGAGCAAGACUCUGUCUUGAAAAAGAAAAGAAAGAAAGAAAGAAAAAUCAUAUGUUAAUUUUUUGUUGUAUAGUUUUGCUUGUGUUCUACACUAAUUAUCAUGAUGUGCAAUAGAAAAAAGUCAAUUUAUAUACUUCAAAAGCUAAUCUAAAAUAUAUAACAAUCAAAGCAUUGUAUUAAUAUAAUUCUUAACCUCUGUUAAUAGUAACAUAUUUCACUACAGUUCUCAAAUAUAUAGGUGAAAUUUGGCAGCAUGAAAACACUUGUAGUCUGUAUGUCUAUCAAAUAUUUAUGAAAAAACUUGAAGACUAUCAAUUUGGUACAAAAGAUGAUGCGGUAGCCAUGGAAAUGCAUCACCCAGAUCUCCUGUGAGGAGCAGAGUUGAUUGAGAACCCUAGCUGCUACCCCAUAGGAUCUACCACUGUGUUCCUGCUGUUCCCAGCCAAUCAAUGAGAAUGGCAGGGCUAUUAACACUGGCCCACUCCCCUUAUGGGCAACAUUGGCUCAAGGACUUCCCAUUAGAUUGCCCAGAAUUUUCUUAGAAACAUGCUAAUGUCUGAGAUUCUUCCUACCCCAUGACGCCUUUCCUUCACUCUCUCCUUCACAGGUGUCAAACCCUACCUACUCCCCUCCUUCAUAAUUCACAGAUAUCUCCUCCAAUAAAUCUCUUUCAAACUUAAUGCCAUCUUGCCAUCUGUUUUGUAGAGAACCCAGAUUAACAUGGAUUUUUUUUUUAAAAAGCAACUUAAAGACAGUUUUUCAGAAAAUGUCAUACAAUGCUUGUGAUUCUUUUUAGUAUAAUCCUAGUUUAAACACUUACAUUGCUUGGGGGAUUUCUGGGAAAUUAUAUGUUGAUCUUUUAUGUACAAGGCUCAUACCAUGGAGUGUUGUACAUAUUGAGUGUUUGGUUAGAUUGAAUUAUGUCCAGUAGGUCCAGUUGCUGAGAACUACAAUGAGUAUAUAUAUAUAUAUGUAUAUAUAUGUUACCUAUUAUUAAACUUGUAAGAGCAAGCGUAAAGCCAUAUUCUGCUAGUAAAUAACAAAUGUUCAUUGGAUAAAUAGAAUAGUUUGCAGUGAGAAAACUUUCAUAGCAAUUGUUAACGAUAGAUAUAUCAGCAAUUUGAAUGAUAAUUUCAGAACAGGACAGUAAUUUUUCUAAAUACAAGGUAAGAAUGGCAGUGAGA